CACCAAGCAAAUUGAGAGAACCAUGCCUCCAAAGUCUAUACCCUGAACACGGAUUUUGACUUAGCCAAAUUCUGCCCUUCUUCUUCCCAACUUCAAUAGCUUCUUUGUCAAGUAAUUGUGACGUAAAUGGUUGGCAAUUUGGGAUCAUAUCACAUAAUUGGGCAACCGUAACAAGCGACGUUUGAUAAUCCAUGUUGGUGGUGUGACCCGUCGCCGACUAGAACCUUGUCGGGACCAUAAUAAUCUGUAUAAAGAGAGAGACCGCCAAGGUCAGGAGUGACAUGGUUGGAGUUGGCACUGUCGACAAGCCAUGUUGGAGAAGAAUAGCUCAGGUUGGAGGUGUGAUGUGCUUGAGGUCGUCCGCGAAUGCGGUAGCAUUCCUUGGCGAUGUGACCCGGCUUGUCCAGAACUGGCAGAGGAGCUGUGGGUGGCCAAGGAGAGAGGGAGCCGAGGGGAGGGCUCCCGAGACAGGAGGGCCACGAGAUGGGGAUUGACCAUGCUGAUUGGGAACAUAAUAAUAGGAAGGACAAGCCAUUUGUUGUCAAUGAGGGUUGUCGGGGCUUUGAGCAGAAAGAGAAGAGUGACCGCGGUUAGUGGAAAAGGCUGUAGUCGGAGCCGAGGAAGGGCGGUAAUGAACGGCUGCAAGCUUAGCAUCAUAAUCGACCAGACGAUCAUGGAGAACUUCAAGAGUGAUAGUGGUGUCACGAGCACGGAUGGCGGCAGAGAGAGUGUCAUAUUCUUCUCAAAGACCAGAGCUUGGACGAGAGCAAGCUUAGCAGGAGUCGUGCGCAUCACUUGGAGGUAAAUUGCGAACAAGAUUCUGUUUGAGAUUCAUAACCCGCUCCCGGGACUGGCUGGCGUACAUGCGCUCGAGUAUAGUCCAGGGCUCGUGAGCGGAUUUGGCAGCGGUAACAUAAGGAGCAACAACAGGUGAGACAGAGGCCAUAAUUGAGUGAAGAAGUAGUUGGUCUUGCCUGAACCGACGUGUGCGAGCAGCGACUACAACAUCGGAAGCCGGCUGAGGAUGAGUGUCGUCAAUGAAGCCAAGGAGGGUGAGACCGCGUAGAAGAUUGAGCAAUUGUGCACGCCAGGUAGGAAAAUUUUCGUCGGUCAGUUUUUGGGGAACUUGGGUGGCAGGGUUGAGAGUGAUGAUGGUGUUUGAAUCAUCAAGAUUGAUGACGGCUUCGCCGAAAUUUUGAGACAUGGCAGCAGCGGAAGAAGAAAGGGAGGAGACGAGAUUGUAGUCUGGGAAGAUUAAGUAAAGAGGGAAGGAUUAA